GGUACGAAAUGGAGCCCUCAGAAAUGUCAUCCAGCUCACAGAGAGAAAACAACUUCUCUAUUGGGUUCACAGAUUUGAACGAAUCUCUAAAUGAGCUAGAGGAUCAUGACCUGGACGCUCUGAUAGCUGAUCUGGGGUCAGAUUUGGCGGAGACAGAGGAGAGACUGAACGCAACCAAGACGGGACAUGUCCACACACAGCAGCACAAGUCUGGCUAUUCCACCCAACAGCAAAAUGUCCGAGCACCUAUCUCCUUGUCCCAAAUGUCAUCGCUGGCGUCCUCCUCAUCCUCUCUACCUCCUGAACCCCCCAAACCACUUCCACCGGGAGAGGCCGAAGCACAAGCCAAAACGGACAAAAUCAAGCUGGCUCUGGAGAAGCUAAAAGAGGCCAAAGUUAAGAAGUUGGUAGUGAAGGUAAUGAUGAGUGAUGGCAGCUCCAAGACACUGAUGGUGGACGAGAGACAGACGYUCAGGGACGUGAUGGAUAAUCUGUUUGAGAAGACCCACUGUGACUACAGCACGGACUGGAGCCUGUGUGAGACCAACCCCGAGCUGCAGACUGAAAGAGGGUUUGAAGACCAUGAAUAUCUAGUGGAGCCUCUUUCUGCAUGGACACGAGACAGUAAAAACCAAAUCAUUUUCCUUCUGAGACCCAACAAAUAUCUCUUCUUCAAGGACCCCCAGAUAUUCUACCUAUGGAAGAAAGACCAAAAAUGUAUUAAWGAGAUAAAAGAAAGGCAUAAGGAACUUCUGCUAAAGGAAAAUUUUGAUGGGCCUUCUCUCAUCGUCCCAGACCUGGAGGGGCUGCUGUAUCUGAGAGAGGAUGGGAAGAAAUCGUGGAAACGUCGCUACUUCCUGCUCAGGGCAUCUGGGAUAUAUUAUGUGCCUAAAGGAAAGACAAAGACAUCCAGGGACCUGGCGUGCUUCAUUCAACUUGACAAAGUCAAUAUCUACACCACCACUGAUUACAAACAGAAAUACAAAGCACCAACUGAUUUCUGCUUCAUCCUCAAGCAUCCUCAGAUCCAGAAGGAGUCCCAAUACAUCAGAUUCCUGUGUUGUGAUGAUGAGCUCACUCUCUCCCUCUGGGUCAACUCCAUCAGAGUAGCCAAGUAUGGGGCCACCCUGUACAAGAACUACCAGAUGGCAGUGAGGAGAGCAUCAACGAUCAGCUCCACUCUGCACCUGACUAGUCUGCCUGCCUCCAGCCCUUCCACACCUACUGUGCACAGAGCAAAUGGACACACCCCUCAGGAGGACCUCCCUGAACCUCCCCCAGACUUUAUUCCCCCGCCCCCUUCUGGUUGGGGUUCUGGGGUCUAGGGAAGGAGCUCCACCCCCUCAAUGCACAACCAAGACAACCAUAUGACAUUCUCAACCUACCUACAGACAGGCAGGCCCAGUCUACAUGGACAAUGCUUGCUGAAAUACAACCCUCUGGAGGUGACGGGCCCUGCUCCAAUAAAACYCACCCUUCCUUCCUUGAAGUAACUGAUCUGAAAAUACAUUAUUGGACAAUGGAAUGUAGUGAAGACAUUUCCAAACCAUUGACUGAGGCGGCAGGUACAGUAGCCUAGUGGUUAGAGCGUUGGGCCAGGAACCAAAAGGUUGCUGGAUCAAAUCCCUGAGC